AAAUAUUAAAACGGAAUUGCGCCGAGAAAGAAGGGCUAAAUACGGUAGUUUCCCAGUGAAAACGGGGGGGUUUACAGGUAUGUGUAGUCCGCGUUACGCACUCCGGUACAGUAGAUGGCGGUAUGCACAUAUAAAGCCAUGGUUGCGACGCGCUCUUACACCAAAAAGAAGACAACGGAAAAGAAUAAGAAGGAGUAGGUGUGCGUUGGGGUCGUAAAAGACUGACUAGCUGGGAGUAUUUUGUACUUGGUUAUGUAUGUAUGUAUCUUGAAGUAGAUGAAUAAAUGGAGACAAAAAUGUUCGGCGGGCUUUCGGAGCUGGGAAUAUCUAACGGCGAGGACCUUAAAGAGACUCUCACCAACUGCACAGAGCCAUUGAAAGCUAUUGAUCAGUUUCAGAUGGAAAAUGGCAUCCUUUUGCCAACUCUUCAGUCAGCUCUUCCUUUUCUGGACCUACAUGGCACACCCCGACUGGAGUUCCACCAGUCUGUCUUUGAUGAGCUUCGGGAAAAGUUGAUGGAGAGAGUUGCAACUAUUGCUGAGGGCAAGGAGGAUGACAGAUAUGGCAAGCUUGAAGAGUUGCUGGAGAAAAGCUUUCCACUGGUCAAAAUGCCAUCCAUUCAACCAGUGGUGAUGCAGGUGCUGAAACAUUUACCCAAGGUACCUGAGAAGAAACUGAAGUUGGUGAUGGCGGAUAAGGAGCUGUACAAGGUUUGUGCUGUGGAGGUGAAAAGGCAGAUCUGGCAGGACAACCAGGCUCUAUUUGGUGAUGAGGUCUCACCGCUCUUGAAGCAGUACAUUGUGGACAAAGAAGCAGCUCUGUUCAGCAGCGACCUCUCCAUUCUGCACAACUUCUUCAGCCCGUCUCCGAAAAUGCGCCGUCAAGGGGAGGUGGUCCUGAAGCUGACCCAGAUGAUAGGGAAAAACGUCAAGCUGUACGACAUGGUGUUGCAGUUUUUGCGAACACUGUUCCUGCGGACGCGGAACGUGCACUACUGCACUCUCAGAGCAGAGCUGCUCAUGUCCCUUCACGACCUGGACAUCAGUGAGAUCUGUUCUGUCGACCCUUGCCACAAGUUCACAUGGUGUUUAGAUGCCUGCAUCAGAGAGAAGUUUGUGGAUGGCAAGCGGGCCAGAGAGUUGCAGGGUUUCCUCGAUGGAGUCAAGAAAGGACAAGAGCAAGUUCUCGGGGACCUGUCUAUGAUCCUUUGUGAUCCGUUUGCUUCCAACACCCUGGUGCUGAGUAUCAUGAGGAACCUGCAAGAGCUGCUGAGCCAGGAUGCUUUACCCAGGGACAGUCCUGAUCUGAUGUUGCUUCUGAGGAUGCUGUCACUCGGUCAAGGAGCGUGGGAUAUGAUUGACAGCCAGGUGUUCAAAGAACCUCGUCUGGAUUUGGAGUUAAUGACUCGCUUUCUACCAGCCAUGAUGUCAGUCGUUGUGGACGACCACACGUUUAGCGUGGAGCAGAAGCUUCCCAGCGAUGAGAAGAGCUCUCUCUCUUAUCCUAGCACCUUGCCAGAUGCCUUCAUCAGGUACUUGCAGGCGAACAGAGUGGCGUGUGAAAUGGGCCUCUAUUACGUUCUUCACAUCGCCAAGCUAAGAAACAAGAAUGCCUUACAGAGGUUGCUACCUGCCCUCGUGGACACGUACAAUGACAUGGCCUUUGGGGACAUUUUCCUGCACCUGCUCACCGGACACCUCACUCUGCUCUCUGAUGAGUUUGGAGGGGAAGAAUUUUGUUCCGUUGUCUUUGAUGGCUUCCUCCUGACUUCCUUUUCCAGUAAGGAGAACGUCCACAGACACACCCUGCGCAUGCUGCUGCAUCUCCACCACAAAGUCUUGCCGUCGUGCAUGGAAACCUUGAUGAAAACUCUGGAACCUCCGAAGCAGAGCAGCGAGCCUGUGAAGGAGCUGCACAGCCAGCUGGUGGAGAAGCUGGAGGCGCAGAAGAAGAGUCCUCCCGUGCCAGAGGAGGCUCCAUCCCUUGAUCUCAGCCUGCAUCCUGUCAAUGUGCCCACCACAGCUUCCACCCCGACUAAAACUCUUUGAGACACAAGACGCUCAGCAAAGCUAACUGGUGACUGGUUAUUCCACACACAAGCCUCAACUUGUCGUAUACGUGUAUGCUAAUGUCUUUUUUGCUCUCUAGGAUGAUAUACAGACAGUCCUCGUAUUAUGACCAAUAUGUAGGCGGAAGAGUCGUGCUUUGCUACAUUAGUGAACUUUUUCCUUCAUGGUGUCUCCCAGGCGUGUGACCGACCGACUCUCCUGAUGGCUGUGUGUCAAAGAAAAGGAAAGUGAAAUUACUAGAUGGUAAAAUGUUGAGAAAGUGGAGGAAUCAACAUUGGUUGCAUGCCCGGUCAAACGCCGCGGCCAUCAUCAAGGAUAAAGAUGGUAUCAUGUGAAAGGAUCUGUUCCAAAGAAACGGACUGUGAUAACUAAGCAGCAUUCUGCUCUCAUUAUUAUUAUUGUUGUUAUUGUGCAACAAUUAAUCAGUGAUUAAUCGAUUAUCCAAUUAAUCAACUAUUUUGGUUUUCGAUUAGCUUUUUUUUUAAUUUAAAAAUGUAAAUCAGAGGUUAUUAGGGCCACAUUGGGGGUGUCACACGGAAAAUGGAGCAUAGUUCUUCAGGCAAGCUUUUAUUUAGAGCGUGGCAGCAGAACUGAGCAGUUGAGCACAAACAGAUUAGCACGUCUGCACUUGUCACUCCUUACCCUGCCCCCUCUACAUGCCAAAGGUCACGUGAGGCCCCCCUUUUCAUAGCUGUGUCAGGCGAUGUCUCGUAAAUUUGCGUCUUUAUUUUCGUAAAUGUACAACUUUAUUCUCGUCGUAACGGGCUUCACCUGAGACAGCUGUGAAAAGGAGGGACUUGUGUGACCUUUGGCCUCGGGCAUGUGGAGGGGGCGGGGUAAGGAAGGCGGAAGUGGAAAGGGCUACUAGACAUGCUAAUCUGUUUGUGCUCAACUGCUCAGUUUUGCUGCCAUGUCAUAAAUAAAAGCUUGCCUGAAGCAAAAAGAGAGAAUAGUCCUAAAUUUACGAUUUUAUUCUCGAAAUCUCCGAUGAAUCAAUUAUCAAUGUGGUCCUAAUACUCCGUCGUGGAUUUGAGCAUCUCAAAUGUAAAUAUUUUUUUAAAUUUCCUUAGUCAUCCAUGAAAGCAGACCUAUUGUCUUUUGUGUUUUAGGCAAAGCAAGAUUUUCACACACAUCGGCUUUGAUUUUGGAAAACUGUGACAUUUUUGCCUCUUUUCUGACAUGUUGCAGACCAAGCCACUGUUUAUGUUUGGUUCAUUUUGAUGUGGUCCGUCUAGGGCGCAACCGAUUACUUGAUUCAUCAAAGCAACAAAGUACAAAUUAAUGGCAAAAUAAAAUCAUCAUUGCAGCCCUACUUCCCGUCUCUCCCUUCCAGUGUGGGGAUAAAAGUGAGCAGUUGUUCUUUUUGUUGUUGUUGUUUUUCUGUUUCAUUUCAUUCUUGUAUUUAAUCUUUUUAUGACUGUAUUUUACAUGUACUUCAUGUGUACUGUGUGAGUGACGUAGGUGGGUUUUUAAAAAUGUAAAAUUUAUGAAUAAGUUCCCAAUUACUGUACACUCAAACUCCAGGAACAGAACUCUUUCGAGAACCGAGGACUUCCUGUAUUUUAAUACUAAAUAAGUGGGCAGUUUUUCUGUUCUAUUUCAGUGGAGCGACUUGUACAAGAAAUCUGACAAUCUGUGGCUGGAAAAAAAAUUCUCGAUAGCCCAAAAAAAUCAUGUUUAGAAGUAAAAGUAGUACCGUAUGUCUGAUUCCUGUCAUUCUCCUACAGAACAACCGAUGAAGCUACAGCAGAUACAAAGAACACUCUUAGAAUGUAAUGUAUUGUAAUGUUUUACAUUUAAUAGCAGAUUCAACUAGAAAAGCACUCCACCAAGCGCUAUAGCUCCCCCCAUAUUGUGAUUCACAUCACAAUAAUAAUCCUACAUGUUUUGGAUCAGUCUUUGAUAUUUUGGAGAACCUGUUGGAAAAUUGUCCUGUGUUUUUUUUUUUUUUUCUUCCUGAGUGCUCUGACUAUUUUUUUGUGGAGUUAUAUGCACAAAUGCCGAAAAUCUCGCAAUGUUAAAGAAUCCUUCAAAAAAUUCCUGGAUCCAGACGGCGAUCCGGAUCACCCCCAAAAUGUAAUCAGUUCUUCCAUAUCCCAUUUCCGGCAAUUCCUGAAAAUGUCAUCCAAAUCCAUUCAGAACUUUUCAAGUUAUUUUGAACUCAAACAGAUAAAGGCCACGCUUGCGCUUGGCAGAGGUAACCAGAUCACCACGCACAUGGACCUGCUCUUCCUUCCUCGACCUUCAGGGGUGCUUCCUCUACAUGGCGGGGCUCUGAAUUUGGCCGGUGGGGUGGCCUCGUGUCAGGGGUCUAUUGUAGGGGUCAGGCGCAUACAGUGGAUGCCCCAGCACAUCAAGCUUCCAGCUGAUGGUCUUGUAGUCCAUUCCAGUAUUGUGCAGGUCUACAGUCUUUGGUCUUGCCCACGGUGGUAGAGGUUUGAAUGAAACAGUGUUUGCAUGACAAGUGUCUUACAUCCACAUAAUGAGUUGAGAUUAAACAGGACUAAAAUAAACAGUGCAUUUCCAAGUAUUUCC